UAUCAACAAAAAGUUUGCUCGAAAUCAUUCAUAGGUAUUGCAUGAAAAAAAGAUAAUCAGGAGGUCUGCAGAAAAGAAAAAAAAAAGUCGAGCGAAAAUUGCCAUGAAAGAAAUUCAAUCUCAGUGGCUUUGUUUUCUGCUUUGUUCUUUUUGUUCAGCCCAAUGCCCACAUUUCAGUCAAAGUCGUAUGGACGAGAAUCCGCAUUUGCGCCUUUGGCACAAAAAGUCAAGCAACGGCCCAUGCUGUACUUUGGUCUACCUUUUUUGACCAUCAUGGUAGCAGGAUCAUUUGGCCUUGCCCAACUGACUCAGACUCGUUACGAUCAUCGAGACAUGCGACACAGAAAGGUAGCCAAAGAAGAAGCGCUAGGCAUGGAUAAGAAUCGACGAAAACUGAGUAUACAAGAAGAAUAUUGGCGAUUACAAGCCAAAACAGAGGAAGACUGGGAACCAGUACGAGUGCAGCGUCCACCAGGUGUCGAAUAGUCAUGUACAUAGUAUUCAUCAAAUCAUAAACUAAUCAACAACCUAUCCUUCAUAUCCAAAAAUUAUCACACAACGGCUGCAAGUUCCGAUCUUAUAAUGAUGAUGAGUUGUCGUCUAAGGAGCUCAUUAUCUCAACAAUGAAAACAAAUAAUUGAAUCACAAUUGGUAUGAAAGUCUCUCAUGUACGUAUUGAGAGAAUAAAACAAGUAUGAGGAAGAACACGAUAUGGGUGUCUUGCCCUCAUCACCAGGAUUCUUUGAUUCGCUUUUUCUCCCAUUAAAAAAACGGUUUUCAUGCAAUUUUAGAGGGAGCCAAGUCUCUGGUUUUCGCGCAUCCCAAGCAUCCUUAGUUACGAUAUUUCCUUUGGGCACUGCAGAUUGCAUCAAGUAGGAAAGUCUCAUCAGGUGCAGCAGACAGAUAAAGACAGAUAAAUAAAUAAAAUAAUAAAUAAAACCGGUCAGGGUGACGUCGAG